GAUGAAUGCCUCGAGUCGUUGGAAGGACAUAGUCGAGCGAAACCGAGAUUAUUGGUCGAUGUUCAACAAUCGUUGAUCGCUCGAAUUGCGUGACUCGAAGGACUAAAACAUUCAUUGCGUACGCGUUUUGUACAUACUGGCAACGGACAUUCAACCGCAGGACUCUUGUGGCGUGAAAUAGACACUGCUUUCAAUAGCCGCGUAUUAACUGGUGCGGUUAUAAAAGUAAAUUUUAUCGAACCUCUCCGAUUUCUCCAGAGUGCGAAGGACAUAGUGCUUGAACAUGUGCAAAACGCUAGGGAGAGACACGCAAAUGUGAAAGUGAACACUGCAUUUAACGGUGAGUUUGUCACGAGUGAUAAACGCGCGAACAAAAGUAUUACCACAAAAAACUUUGAACUCUUCCGCGCAUCCGAUCUCGAAGAGUGGUAUGAGCGACGUGUUAUCGAGCCUACUUUAGCAUCUUUAGAAGAAUUUUAAGAACGUGAUGGCGGAUGGGCAUUGUCGCGAAUACUCAACCUAACAAUCAAUGUGAACAAGUACAAUCCGAUGCGUGCGGGAUGUCACAUUGAGUUACCGCGCGAAGUACAGAUCAAGAAAGCGGUAAUCAACGUUAAAUUUGGAGACAAUGCGUGUUUCGCGUGGGCAGUGGUUGCGGCUCUGUAUCCAGUCGAUAGAGACGCAAAUCGUGCAUCCUUGUACCCACACUAUACAACAGUGCUCAAUUUACAGAACAUUGAGUUUCCAAUGUCUGUAAAUCAAAUAACAAACUUCGAGCAACAAAAGAAUAUAUCCAUCAACGUGUACAGUGCCGAAAAGAAGAAAACAAAAAGGAAAAACGACACAUGUGAUCCUUCCGAUACGUCUCACUGACCGCAAGAUAGACAGACACGUCAACAUGUUGUACUUGCCAGAUCCGCGAGAUAACAACAUUGGACACUUUGUAUGGAUAAAAAAUUUGUCCCGACUUGUGAGCUUGCAACUAAACAAACAUGGUCAUAAAAAGUAUAUCUGCAACCGAUGCUUGCACUAUUUAAGUUCGAGCGAAAGGUUGCAGGUCCAUACUAUAGAUUGUGGAGAAAUGAACGACUGCGCCAUCCUGCUGCCUAGCGAGGACGACAAAUGGCUCAGUUUUUGCAACCACAACAGGAAAGAGCGUCUACCGUUUGUCGUGUACGCCGAUCUGGAGUGCAUCUUGCAGAAGACUACGAGCGAGGAGGGGGAGGAUCAUAAAUCUCACGCGUAUCAGCAUCAUAGGGUAUUCAGCACAGCGUAU